UGGCAAAAACAUUCUUCGACACACCGAAGUUGGCACUGAGUCAGAAGCGUUGCAUGAUUGCGAUCAGUUCUGGUCUGAACGCCGAUUUGGCCAAAUAUACCCCACAGAACUCGUGCUCAUUCCACCACCGACCAUGUCUGGACGUCGUUUGGUCCAAGUUUUAUUCCUCGUUGCCCUGCUCGGACUGACGCUGGUGCCGCUCAGCCAGGCACGCCCAGGACGUGGACGCAAACGAGCUUUCGGCGUGGGCUUGAUGGGUGGCGUCCUGGCGGGUGGCCUGAUUGGCCAUGCGGUGGCCCAACACCGAUCGCCAGCAGCAGCGCCGGCACCAGCAGCAGCUCCGGCCCAGGUUCAUCAUUACUAUCCAGCCGCCGCACCAGCAGCUCCAGUCCAAAUAGUCGCACAGACCGCCACACCCAAUCCCAGAAAGUUGACCGUGAUCGAAACAGGCCAGCCCGAUGCCAAUGGCUGCUACAAGCAGAUCAUCAGGGAGCCCAAUGCCAGCAACCCAAAGACCUACACGGAAACGGAGCAUCUGAUCUGCCCCACACUGACACAAGCCCACCAGCAGCCGCCUGCCAUUGCCAUGCCACCGAGUGCUGCAUUUGUUCCGGUGAUGCCGCAACCUUCAGCCGUAAUUCCCGUCCCAGCGGCUCCUCCUGCUGCUGGCUGGGUGGCACCCAAUGCUUCGGUCGCCACCAAUUCCUCGUCCAUUGCCCAUCAUUCCAUUCCUGCUCACCCAGUAAUUCCUGCUCUUCCAGCACAUCCAGGCCACAAUGCAGCUGCAAAUGUCCCAGCCCCUGCCACUGUGAAUGUCCAACAGACGGCGCAGCCUAAUGCACCCGCCCCGGCCGCCCCGGCCCAAACGCCACACGUGAUUGUGCUCUCGAAGAAAACCGUUUACUAUCCGAAAAAGCGAUCAUCGGCUCCAUCGCUGAUGAUUCCCCAGGGAGUUCUUGCCAUUAUCGCGAUUUUCUAUAGCUCUAAGGCUUUUCUGCAUUAAAGUGUUGCUAAAUCUUAA